CGUCCAAGAUGGCGGCUGCUUCUUUUUCGGGUCCAACUUUUUCUCCGACAAAGUCGGUUGCUUGAUGCACUAAAAGGCCGUUGGAGGACCCAGAUCUUCAGUAGACGUGGACAAGGAACUGAAGAAUACCGGGGAACACGUCUGACCCUAGAGAGAAGACCGGGUGCUGAGAAACCAGACCGAAGCGACAGACGCACGGCGCCCCCCUCCCCACCGGCGUGACGCAGUAACAUCAGUGGGCCCUGAAAAACGGGCCCAUGCCGGACGUUCCGGGGCCACCUUAGGGGGCCUUGACUGAAAGGGGCUAGCAACCGACAGACGUAAACACCACGUAUGGAGGGUGAGCCGACAGGAGAGGAGGAGAGCACACAUGCAGCCAUGGGAGAAGAGGAGCCGGAGGGCUCGGGGAUGUGGCUCAGAGGGAUUGAAGACAUCUCCUUUGAAGAUGACGCAGAGACACCCAGAGAGAUCCUGGAGCUGGUGAGGAACCACAUAGAAGGCCUUGACAGGAAAGCAGCCAAAAGGAAGGUACUUGCAGCCAGUAGCUACAACGAACACAUACUGAACCACACAAGAGAGGCCUUGUUUGCAAUAGCCAGACAACAGAGGAGGGAUUGCCCAAAGGGGCAGCCAAAGAAAAGAACAUACAGAGCUAACACUGAGCCAGUCGCUAACAGGUUAGCAGAAGAUUGUUGUGCCUUAUUCCAGUUUAUAGAAGGUGGGAGGAACCUGGCAGAGAUAAAGAAAAUGUUCCCCACGGGUACCCAGAACAACACAUGGCAGAGUCCAGCUAUCACCAGGAGUAGAAGGCUGAACCUAUCCUAG